GCAAUUUUGUGCAAUUAUUGACAUCACAUCUGGAAAAGAGGCUGUGACUGUUUGAGAAACAGCUCUGACUAAAUCUGGCUCAACACAACAGCGGGUAUGUUGUGGUUAAUAUAUAACACUCAGAGCACACUUGCACUUUGUUUCCUCAAAUAAUAGAUGAAGCUUUCAGACGCAGUAUUUCCAAGCUGAAUGGUUGUUCCUUCAAACCUUCCUAGACUUGGAAUUUUGGCUUUAGACAAAAUGAAGACGGGGUGGAUUUUUAUUCUAUCCUACAUGUGCUUCCUCAUUCCUCUCCACCAAGCACAACUUCCUAGUGCCAACAUCUCAGAUCUUUCCUUCAAAAACAUGGACUUUGCCAUGAGUCUUUACAGAAAAAUUUCCAGUUACCACGACAAGAACAUCUUUUUCUCACCCCUGAGCAUUUCAACCAGUUUCACCGCUCUAUUGCUGGCUUCUGACGGCGUCACCUAUGAGGAGUUACUAAAGGGUCUCAACCUGAAGCAGCUGGAGAAGGCCAACCAGCCAGAACUCAUCCCGAGACUUUUCCAGCUCCUUCACGAGAACAUCACACAGAGCGGAUCGCUGAAACUGGACGAAGGCAUGGCUCUCUUCGUGCAUCCGGAGUUUGAGGUGGCAAAGAAUUUUGAAAAUCAGAUAAAGAGCUUUUUUGAUGCUGACAUCAAAACUGUUAACUUCACGGACACAAAGGGAAGUGUCAAGUUCAUCAAUGAAUACAUCAAGAAAAAGACUGAGGACAAGGUGACAGAGAUUAUAUCAAACCUGGACGCACAGACCCAGCUUAUGUUAAUCAACACAAUCUUCUUCCAGGGAGCCUGGGAGUUGCCGUUCAACCCCAAUUUCACUCAAAGUUAUCCCUUCUACAUCGAUAACUAUAACAUUGUGCAAGUGCCCAUGAUGAUUCAAGAGGAUAAGUUCUACAUGAUGGACGAUGUCCCUCUUGGAGCCAAAGUGCUGAAGCUGCCAUACAAGAAAGGUGUCUCCAUGCUCAUCCUGCUACCCAACAAAGGCAUGGACUACACUGUAAUUGAUGAUGAAAUCACUGCUAGCAGGUUCCUCACCUGGGUCAGAGAACUGCAAAGAACCAAACUGGAAGUCAACAUGCCCAGGUUCAAGAUGGAGCAGUCUUACUCCCUGCACCACCUCCUACCAGACAUGGGCAUGCCAAGUAUCUUCAGUAAUUCAGCCAAUUUGACGAAGCUGAGUAAGGAUGGAGGCAUCAAAGUGUCAGAGGUUCUGCACAAGGCUGUGAUUGAAGUGGAUGAAACUGGGACCACGGCAGCAGCUGCCACAGCAAUCGGCAUUACUCCGUAUUCCUUACCCCGGAUAUUCACCAUCAACCGGCCGUUUUUCUUCUUCAUAUAUCAUGAAGACACAAACACUCUGCUUUUCAUGGGUCGGGUGAUUGACCCCACUCAAAAUUAGUAGUUCUUUAUGCAGGCUUCUUUAAGGCUUGAAAUUGUUUUGGUCUGUUUGUAAAAGCCAAACAUAUAUGUGAUCAAUAUUAAUAAAGACUUUACAUUGA